AUGAAAUCAAAAUGGAGGCGAAGUCUACUCGUUUGCAUAUUUAUGUAUCUCUCCUUGUUAUGUAUAUUAAGAGAUCAUCUCUUACCAGAAAAUAUAUUUGGGACACAGAAAAAGCACACUAUUUCUCCUGAACAAAACUUCACUUGCAUCUGGAGUGUCGUGGAAAACCGCGAAAUAUGUAAACCGGUGUGUAAUCAUGGCUUCUUUGGAAUGGAAAAAUGUCACCCCUUACUCACUUGUGCGGAUAUUAAACAACUCAAAUUAGAAGGGAACAUAGGAAACUCAGGAUAUGUGAAAGAGGUGUGGCAUUCUUAUUGGCAGAAGUUUCCGGUUGUAGUAAAGAAAUUAAGGAAAUUUGAUAGGGCGGGAAAAAUUGCAGGCCCUGGUUAUCUCCAGGGAAUAAAUCUGAUGAAAAACUUCUAUAGGCCCUCUGUCCUACUACAGCUUGUGGGCCAUUGCAAUGAUACCAUUGUCACAGAGGUUCACAGACUGCUUGAUGCAAGGGAUUUGGAGAUUCGAUUUAAGGAAUAUCCCCUCUAUAACACUUUACAAACCAGGAUGCAGUUAUGUGUGAGCUAUGUAGAUAUACUAAGAACCCUGCAUUCUGGACACGAUGGAAAAAUAUACGUCCAGUGUGACGCAAACCAUAUCCAAAAAUUAGCAGGACAAUUUCUUUUUACUGAGGAUUUCCGAUUAGUUCUUAGUGACGUCGACUCCAUGGAAACCAUUUUGGUGAACGGGACGAAUAAGAGGUUAAUUAAAUGCACUGUCUGGGGUGAAGUUACAGGAAGAUUUCCUGCCCCUGAAGAAUUGUGGCCUUACAAAGGGGGAUACGAUGCUUCCAAAUUGCCGCUAUACGACGAAAAAAUCGAGAUCUGGAAGAUUCCAGACGUGUGUUUGUACUUUCUAGGUGAUGAUGUUUCUACACGUCAACUUAAACGUUCUCUUAAGGACAUCCACAAACAGUGCAAGAACCGCAACCCAAGGAAACGACCAACCGCUGAACAAGUGUAUAAGACAUACCUGACAAUUUAUAAAGAUAUGAUUGAAAGUAACUUUUCUGGCUUCAAGGAAAGAGUGUAAAAUUGUAUAUAAACUAUGAAUGUUACAUGAUAAACGGUUAUUUGCAUUUUGUACAUAUAUUCUUCAAAACAAUAAGACAGUCUUCAUAAUUCUUCAAGAUCAUACUAGAUAUAAAUGUUUCAAGUUCUGAUGUUUCGUCAUUAGUAAUACUGUUAUGUAUAUUUGAUAUACAUUUUAGUUGACUUAUCUUUCCUAGUUCUAAUGUGGGAGUGUAUUGCUCAAUGUAACCCGUAUUCAAAUAUAUGAAGUCGAUCUAAAUCAAUAAUCUAAAUCUGGAUCCCUCCUGAUUUAUAACAGCCUUUGUAGUGUUGCAACUGCCAUAAUAAAUAAUUCAAAAAUAAAUGCAAAAUCGUCAAAAUAUAAACUAAAUACGCUUUGCUUGCAAAUCAAUUAGCUUUUAAGUUGACUGUGCAAGAUGAGCAGUCAAGAUACUCAU